AUGACAUCUUCCGCCAAUACCAUAAUUCAACAGCAUGGAGAUAUCGCCUCGACGCCAUCGCAAGUCUUCGGUAAAGGCAACUUGAUUUUGAGAAUUGGGAAUGGUGGCGCAGGUGGAACAGGAUUGCUCGAAGCCCUUGCAAAGGACUAUCUAUUGGUUCAGAAGAAUGCCGGGAGGAUUGAAUGGAUUUGUAAUCAUUCACGGAACACCCAGUUGGCACUUCUGAGUGGAUAUGUUGAUAUUGCCCUCACAUACGAACGCGAACAAGAGGAAAUAGCUGUGUCAGAGGGCUGGGCCAAAAGCGCGGGUUGCAUAUUCCACGAUCACUUCUGUCUGGUUGGCCCAGAGCACGACCCGGCCAAUGCCAAAGACGCGAACUCCAUUGAAGAGGCCUUCGACCGAAUUGCGAAGAGCCAGUCUUUAUUUCACAGUAGAGACGAUGGAUCCGCCACUAUGUGCAAAGAACAUGAUAUCUGGCGCCGGUGUCAUAGGACCCCAUGGAAUGAUACACCGGGCUCCUCAUCGUGGUACAUCAAGGCUAAGCAUAACCCGGCCGAUGCUAUAAGCUUCGCUACUGCUGCUGGGGCCUACACCCUCAAUGAUCGAUCAACAUUUUUAGAUCAAGUGAGCUGUGGUAGGGUUCGAGGCUCGACUGUGUUUUUUGAACCAACAGACCCUUUCCAUCCACUCAUGAAUUCAUGUUACGUUCUCUAUGCACCCCAGUCCUCAAUCUGCCGCAACGAACAUGUUUCCAUGUUUAUCAACUAUCUAAAGUCUGACCGCAGCCAAAGUUUGAUUGCCAGAUAUGGAGUGGAUAAAGCAGGAGUUCCAUUAUUUGCCGCAGUUAAGGAUAAAAUUGCGAAGUCGUCGUUGGUCCGCGGGAGAGUCAGAGAUGGUCGAUGGAUACUGAGCGACCAGCGACUACAAAAGCUUUAG